AAAUACAGCACAUAAUUCUCUCAAUUGAUACAGAAGAGUCCUAGGAUUGUAGUUUGGACGAAAAGCAGAGUUAUGGCCUUCUCAAAGUCUCUGAUUGCUUCACUUCUUAUUUCUCUUAUCACCUACUCUCUUGUUCAAGCUCGCGACCAUGAAAUUAUGAACGGCAGUGUCAUAGGUCGUUCUCUCCUCCAGAAAAUAGAUUGUGGAGGGGCAUGCAGUGAGAGGUGCAAGCUAUCAUCAAGGCAGAAUCUGUGCAAGAGGGCUUGUGGAACUUGCUGUCAACGUUGCAACUGCGUGCCUCCAGGCACUUCUGGUAACGAAGACCUUUGUCCUUGUUACGCCAACAUGACUACCCACGGUGGCAAACACAAGUGCCCUUAAAUAUCUACUCUAUCAACCAAACUUACUCAUCCCAUACACAGCGGUGGCAUGGUGGUGGACCGGUGGUUUGGUGGUGCUGGGAAUCUUGGUUAGACAUAUGGCAGUUGCCUACUUAACCAGUGUUUAAGCAUUACGUUACGUCUUUUAAAUGAAUGUUGAUAUGAAUAAUAGAUUCGAAUGUGGUAUUCAAAUGUUGUGAUCCUAAUAUUAUCUUGCUAAAUAAAUAAAGAUGUCUCUGUGUAGUGUUUAUGAUA